GGUUGGUCACCAGUCAAGAAUGAAAGCCAAUCGAGUGCAAACAUCUAUAAGAGGAGAAAACUUACUAUGUUAAAAACGUUAAAAUAUUAUGUGUUUUACUAAAAGUAUUUAUGCUAAUGAGGACGGCUCUCACGUCCUCUUCGAAAGAUCAGGAAGAUUGUAUAACUCAGGAUAACCCAUCCUUCAGAUUCAUCGAUGUCCAUGAGUACGUGUCAUCAAAUAUGGAAUCUGUUCAGUAUUAUUUUGAAAACGACACUGUGAGAAAAAGAAAUGAAGUCGGAGAAAUUACACCAUCUUCAGAAAGCAUUCCAAGCGAGCCAACAUGUCCUAGAGCAUUUGUGGAAUUUAACGACAGACUAAAUCAGAAAGACAUUUUUGUGACAUUCAGAUGGAACGAACCUAAAUUUACAAAUGGAGUGAUACAAAAAUAUACGGUUCAAUAUUGGUUUUUUGAGAAUCAAAUAAUUCAUAAAAGAGUUGUUAUAAUCUCAAAUUUCACGAUAUUGCAACUUAAAGUGUACAAUUUAAAACCUGAUAGAGUGUAUUAUUUCGAAGUACAAGCGCAUAACAAAUUUGGUGCUGGCUCUUAUACUAAGUUUAUCAACGUGUCGACCACGCAUGAGAAUCCAGUACCUUUAUUACUCGUCCAUAAUAUAAUAAGAUUGCAUGUACUGGAUAUAGAUUUAAAGAUCGGCUUUGAACGUGAUAUAUAUAAAUACUGUACUGACAUCGUUUACUCAGCAUUGGAACAUAAAAUUUAUGGGAUUAUUAACGCCUCAAAGUUAAUAACAUUGGAAUUUAAUCCGAACGCAAUCGAAACGAAUCAAAAUUUUACAAUAAUAGCAGAAAUGGGAGGCUAUGCAUAUUCUCUGUGCAUUGAUUGGAUUCGUGGCAGUCUUUAUUGGUUAGAAUAUGAUAUUGACGAUCAUAUUUACAUUAUAAAAUUCGACUUAAUAUUACUACAACAAAAAGGCAUCAAAACAUACGAAAAAAUCGCACUGGCUGAAGAGACUGCUUCAUUUGUAACAGUAUUACCAUAUAAGAGACAUUUAUAUUGGACAGUAGAUUCUUCAAUAGUGCAAACGGAUUUGAAUGGUAGAAACAAAUCAUUAUGGCAGACAAUAAAUGCUUCUAUUUACUUGAUUACUUAUAAAGAAAUAUAUAUUUUAAGAAAGGGAAAUGCUCUUCUCGAAAGCAAAGAAAACACAUUUGAAUGUCUUCAAAAAAUCCAAUUAAUUAAGAACAUGCAUCAAUACAUUAUAAAACUUCUUGAUAAAACUUUACAAUCAUAUCCCCCGAAGAUAUGUCUAAUACCUACGAAGGAUAAUCGUGUUGAAGAAAUGUUAAUAACUGCAGACAGCAUUAAGGUGAACCUUCCGGAGCCGAAUCUCAAUGACGAAUGUAAAAAGUACAAUUUUAUUUUUAUAUAUAACAUCUCUGUGAGUUAUUUAAAAUGUUUAGACAAUGAUCUCAACAAAUUCGAGGAAUUUCAUGUCCAAACGUACGAACGGCAGUACGAAUUCCAAAAUUUGACGCAGUUGACAGAAUACACGUUAAAGCUGGCAUUGAGCAAUUUUUACAUCUACAAGAUAUCGAUGGAUUUGCAAUUCGGCCCAGAUGUAAAACUGAUAACUACGGGCAAGCUCUAUGCACCGGAUGAUGUAGUAGUUCAAGUUGUAAUGCCAAAUCUGGCGGUAAUUGAUUGGAUGCCACCGAAAAAAUUAAAUUGCGUGGAAGUGAAUUAUGUGGUAAAAUUGGUAGAAUAUCCACAUAACACUCAAGAAAAUCAAAAUUCGGUUCGCUUCAUAAAAGUCUUUAAUAAGCUAGAACGUAAGACAAAUGGCAAGUUUUUCGCGGUAAUUCCGUCACUGAUACCAAAGCAAAAAUACGAGAUAUACGUGAGUGUGUAUCCAAUCAUUCGGACAGAUGUCGUCACUGACAGUGUAAUAAAAACAGUCUACAUGUCCGAACCAAAUAAUUUAAGUUUGAAUGGGAUCGAUACAAACAGUAUGAAUAUCUCGUGGAUUCCAAGCGUUAAUCUGACGAUUCCUACUGAAUUCCUUAUACUAGAAUACAAAAAUGCUGCGUCACGAAAGAGGAUAUGGGAAAUUGCGAAUAAUAUUAAGGGGAAUAAUGAUAAAAUAACAUAUCACAUAGAAAAUUUAUUGCCGCAAACUAAGUACAAAUUUCGUUUGAACUUAAAAUAUACUAAGUAUAAAGAAAAUUUUACAUGGCCGUCUGAUGGAAAAGAAUUUAUUUUUGAAACGCUCGGUGAUGCAAGAAAGAUUCCUAGCGCAACUGGGACAGCUAUGCAAUAUUAUCUGCCAUUAAUAUUAUGUCUUAUUGUAAUCAUUGUAAUAUACAAUGUUUACUACUUUUAUUGUACAUACAGGCAACGCAAAAGAAGUAACGAAAUAGUUUCGCCUCCAAUAAUGAUCAAUACGGAAUUAGUACCUUUAAAUGAAAUAUCUUUCGGGUGCACUCAACUAAAUUUGCUGAACCCUCCUAGAUUGCAAUAUAAUUCAGACGAAUUUGCGUUGACCAUAAUCGAAAAAAAUCAAAUUAUCCAAACAAAGUUUUUAGGUAGCGGCGCAUUUGGUAGUGUAUAUCAAGGAAUCAUAAAAAUUUUGAAGGGUUGGACACCACCAGUUGCGAUAAAAAUGCUGAAAAGACAAGCUUCUUCGAAAGAAAAAAAGGAAUUCUUGAAAGAGGCUAAACUUAUGAGCCACAUUCGACAUAAAAAUGUGAUAAGAAUAUUAGGCAUUUGUUUGAACACGAAUUCACCGUUACUUAUAUUGGAAUUAAUAGAACCUGGUGACUUAUUGAAUUAUUUAAGAAAUAAUGGAACAUUGCAAUCGUCAGAUUCGUGCGCGUUGCGUCUGAAAGACUUGCUCGCCAUGUGCGAAGAUGUUGCUCGAGGCUGUUGUUACUUAGAAAGGCAGCAAUUUGUGCAUAGAGAUCUCGCGUGUCGAAAUUGCUUAAUAUCCGUAAAAAAUCAUGAAAACCGUAUUGUGAAAAUCGGCGACUUUGGACUAGCCAGAGAUAUUUACAAGGAUCACUAUUACCGUAUGAAAGGAGACCACCCGCUUCCUGUUCGCUGGAUGGCACCGGAAUCUUUAGUGUUUGGAAUAUUUACUUCACAAAGCGAUGUUUGGGCUUUCGGAGUACUAAUGUGGGAAAUUAUGUCAUUGGGUGAACAUCCUUAUCCUGGCAAAAAUUAUUCCGAAGUUAUAGAAUAUGUGCGUGAGGGAGGCAAACUGCCAAAACCUCUCAACUGUCCACCGAUGUUGUAUCAGUUGAUGCUACAUUGUUGGAAAUCUGUAAUCGGUAGACCAAACUUUACAAAUUGUCUCAAAUAUAUCAAAAUCUUAAGAGAUAACAUAGAAGAUUCGAUACUUAUAAUAAGUUCGUUGGAUAUUAUUGGACAUGGAGAGACGAAUCAAUCGUAAUUCUUUUUAUGGGUAUAUAUUUUUGUAUAGAGUAAUGAAUUUUUGCGAUUCUAGAUAAUAUCUAUUAAGAAAUAUUGCUUUUAUUUACUUUUGCAUACAUUUUAUAACAUAGUGAAUGUUACAUUUAAUCCUUUUUUUAUUAAUAUUCAAGUUAUGAUCUUAUUUACAAUAUGUAGAAAUUUUACUAUGUUUAAUAAAUUUUUUUAACUCACAGUUAUAUACAAUACUGCAAUCAAG